AUGGACUUCUUAACAUCGAAGAAGAAAUCUUACAGAAAGGAAGACAUUAGAGACAAUGAAGAUAAUGGAACUUUACAUUCUGGAAGGUUAUUCCAGCAAUAUUCUGUAGAUGAAUUUAUAAAAGUGGAAACACAAAGAUUGGACUUUUUGUUAUUCAAUCAAGAUUUGUUUAGGCUUGAAGUAUUGGCAGGUCUUAGGGAUCUUCUAAGGCAAGGAGAAAGAGACACUUCAAAAAUUGGCAUAAAAACAUUCCUUCCUGCUAGCUUUACUGGAGUUCCAAGAGACAUGCGGCGUCGAUAUAUGGACGCUAUUGCAUUAGUGCAACACUUUAGUAAACCUGAUAUCUUCCUAACAAUGACAUGCAAUUCUUCAUGGCCAGAAAUAGAAGAUCUCUUACUACCUACUGAUGAAGUCCAAAACAGACCAGAUUUAGUAAGCCGUACAUUUAAAGCAAAGGUAGAAGAACUAAAGUCAGACAUCGUUAAAAAAGGUAUAUUUGGAAAAGUGGCAGCUUUUAAGUACACUAUAGAAUUCCAAAAACGAGGUCUCCCACAUGCUCAUUUCCUUAUCAUACUUUCUGAUGAAUACAAAUUAUUAACACCUGAAGCUUAUGAUAAAGUUAUUUGUGCUAAAAUACCAAACCCUGACACAAAUCAUUAUUUACAUUCAUUGGUUAUUAAGCAUAUGAUGCAUGGACCUUGCGGAAGUUUAAAUCCUAAAAGCCCAUGCAUGAUAAAGACAGGACACUGUAAAUUUAAAUAUCCCAAAAGUUAUGCCCCUGAAACAUGUAAAGGUAAGAAUUCUUACCCAAUUUACAGAAGGCAAGAUACCGGAAAUUUUUUCAAGGUUAGAACUCAAUAUCUCGACAAUUCAUGGGUUGUUCCUUACAAUCCAUAUCUAUUAAGCAAGUUCAAUUGUCACAUAAAUGUUGAAAUUUGCUCGGAUGUUAAAGUUGUCAAAUAUAUCUAUAAAUACAUUUGUAAGGGGCAUGAUAAAAUUGCUUUCCAUGUACAUAGUAAUGAUUCUGAUGUAGAAAUAGACGAAAUAAGAGACUAUCGAUCAGCUAGAUGGGUUUCACCACUAGAAGCUAUGUGGCGUUUGUUCGCCUUUCCUAUUAGUGAAAUGAAUCCAGCAGUCUACCAUCUUCAGCUUCAUCUUAAGGAACAACAAUAUGUUUCCUUUAAGACAACUGCAGCUCUAAACUCAGUCUUAAAUAAUCCUACAACUGCAAAAACAAUGUUAACGGAAUUCUUUUCAAUGAAUGCAACAAAUGCGGUUGCAAAUGAACUUAACUUACUAUACAAAGAAUUACCCCAAUACUUUGUCUGGUCAACAAGCGAUAGAAUGUGGACACGAAGAAUACAAGGCAAUAUUAUUGGUCGUAUUGUCACUUGUCAUCCAAAAGAAGGAGAAAGAUACUAUCUUCGACUAUUGUUGAUGAACAUAAGAGGACCAAAAUCCUACGAAGAUCUUAGAACUGUUAAUGGAAGAUGUUGUAGCACAUUCCGAGAAGCUGCUGGAAAAAGAGGCUUGAUAACUUGUGACAACAACUUAAUUGAAUGUAUGUCAGAAGCUACUAAUUACCAAAUGCUAUACAGUUUGACACGUUUAUUUGCAACACUAUUAGUUUAUUGUAACCCUGCUAAUCCGAAAGGAUUAUGA